UCUUCUUAACUGCGCAUGGCUUACCCGUCAGCCAGAGUUAGAGUCAUGGACCAUGCCAUUCCCUGCAAUCCCUGCAUUUCCCUUUCUAUCCACCGGAAACCGCCACUCAACCGACAAAUCAUUUGGCCGAACACCGUCACCCACCACUCCAACAUAACCAAAUGGCGCCGCAACACGACUUCCGAGCUCCAAACCCAGGUGGCUGUCAACGACCGAACCGGUGACUACUCUCCUUCAGUUCCCACACACACAGUCACAGUUCACGACCGACAACGAGGCGUCUCCCACCAGUUCCUCGUCCCUGAGGACCAGUACAUAUUGCACACAGCAGAGUCGCAGGAUAUCACUCUUCCAUUCGCUUGCAGGCACGGUUGUUGUACUAGUUGUGCUGUACGCGUAAAAUCCGGAGAACUUAGACAGCCUGAGGCACUAGGGAUUUCUGCUGAACUGAAAUCAAAGGGGUAUGCACUUCUCUGUGUGGGCUAUCCAUCAUCUGACCUUGAAGUAGAAACGCAAGACGAGGAUGAGGUAUAUUGGCUUCAAUUUGGCAGAUAUUUUGCCCGGGGACCAAUUGAUAGAGAUGAUUAUGCAUUGGAGUUAGCUAUGGGGGAUGAAUAAGCAAGGCAGAGUAUUCAUUUUGGAGUCGGGAUCUAUUGAUUAAUACAUGCAUGUGUUGUAUUUUCUUUGCCUCCCGGGAAUGGUACUCGUCCAUCUUCACUUCCCUUGAUUUAUGUAUCAUUUUCACCGACUGUAGAUCCAAAUCUAAGGAUGAUCGUCGCGCAGGUAAUGUUCUCACAUACAUGCUUUGUUGUUGUCGUGGUUUUUUAACUUGGAUCGAACAAGGCCCUGCAUGGGCUUGAGUCAAUUCUCUGGAUGACCUCCAUGUAACCAAUUCAUGCAAUGAAAAGAAAGAAUGGUAAGAGAUGACUUGCCCAAUGUAUCUAUCAAAAAUGUUAUUGUGGAAAAGAUCACUAGUUUGGUUGAUCAUGAGCAAUGGAUCUAUGUCACUGUCCCCCUUGCUA